AUGUCUUCCCCCGCUGUGAGCAAAGCUCCCCCCAAGCUCGGCUCGAAAGCUGGCACCCCUGCCAAGCUCCGCAAGGGCUCUGGAUCCAGCGCCGCAUCCAAGCCCUCCAGUGUCGCCGAUAGCCCCAAGUCCUUGAAGAAGACCCCCGCGAAGAAGCUCACCCCUAAGGCCCCUAAGCCUAUGGACGACGACGAAGAUGAGCAAUCCAUCCCUGAGACGCCCUCUCCCAAGUCCAAGAAGAAGACCGCUCCUUCUGAGCAGCGCCGACCUAUGUCUCCCGACGAUGCCGCUUCUCAGGCUUCUGGCUCCGCUGCCCCUCUCGGUAAGGCUAAGGGAUCCGCUGGAAAGCUUACAGAUGGUGUCAACCAAAACGCGGAGACUCAAAAGAACAACCUCCCCAGCAUUCCUUUGGACUUGGCCUCUUUGAAGGGUCUUGUUGUUGCCGAUGAUGGCCAGGUCCUCGGUAAAGAGGGCCAACCCAUCGGAAAGGUUGUUGAAGGUGAUCCCGAAGAUCUCGCUGGCCAGACUGUUGGCGAUGACGGAGAGAUUGUCGACGAGGAUGGAGACCUGAUUGGUCGCGUGGACAUUCUCCACGACGUCGCUGAGCAGGCUCAGAACCUCCCCGAAGACGCGCAGUCCAAGGCCGAUGGGUCCCCGGAGGAUGUACAGGCUAAGAUCGGCGAGUUGCAAGAAAAGGUUGCCACUGACCUUGCUCAGCUCGAAGGCUUGACUGUCUCCGACGGUGGUGUUAUCAAGAACACUGCUGGUCAGGUUGUUGGUAAGAUCACCGAUGGAAACCCCGAAGAUCUCAUUGGAUACACUCUCAAUGACGAUGGUGAGAUUGUUGAUGAUGAGGGCGACGCCAUCGGUCGCGUUGAGCUUGUUCCUGUCGAGGAGCAGAAGAAGGCUAUUGAUGAGGCUCUUGGCGGUGGUGCUGAGCUGGUCAACGGCGUCAAGGAGGAUGCCGAGGAUAACUUCGAAGAUGCCGAGGACAACCUUGACGUCGAUGAGGCCAAAGACGCUGAGGAUGCCGCCGACGUCGACGUUGACGAUGCUGCUGAUGAGGCUGGCGACGCAGUCGACAAGAUUCAGGAAGAUGCUCCCGAUGUCGAUGCCAAGGAUGCUUCCGAGGAUGCCGUCGAUCAGGCUGAAGACGCCGCCGGUGAGGCUGGCGAUGCUGCUGAUGAGGCUAAGGAGGAUGCCCCCGACGUUGAUGCCGAAGACGCCGCCGAAGACGCCCAGGGCACUGCCGAGGACGCCGCCGAAGAUGCCCAGGACACUGCCGAAGAUGCUGCCGAAGAUGCCGCCGAAGACGCUGAGGUCCGCAUUCCUGACAUCAACACUCUCGAGGGUCUCACCUGCAACAAGCGUGGAUAUGUCAUCGACCAGGAAACCGGCAAGCCUGUCGGCGAGCUCAUCGAAGGUGACCCCAAGAAGAUCUCCCGCCUUGGAGCUACCCUUGAUGAUAAGGGACAGUUCUGGGACAACAAGGGUAACGUUCUUGGCAAGGUCAAGGCACUCCCCAUCGAAGACGGCAAGGAUGAAGAGGGACCUUUCACCGGUCUCGAAGGCCUCGUCGUCGCUCAGGACGGCUGGGUCGAGGACGAGAACGGCACCCGCGUGGGCCAGCUCGUUGAAGGUGAUGCCAAGAAGCUCCUCGGUCGCGGCGUGGAUGAGGAUGGCGAAAUCCUCGACCGUCACGGCAGUGUUAUCGGUCGUGCCGAGCGCUACGAGGAGCCUGAGCCUGAGGCGGAAGAGGAGGAGGCUGGUCCUGAUCUCUCUGCUCUGAACGGUCUCUCCUGCAACAAGGCUGGCUAUGUCAUCGGAUCAGAGGGCUUCCCUAUCGCUCGCGUUGUCGAGGGUAACCCCAAGGAGCUUGCCGGCAAGAAGAUCGAGGAUGGUGAGAUCUAUGACGGCAAGAAGGUUGUCGGCCGUGUUGAACUCAUUCCCGAGGACGAGCUCGAGAGCAAGCCCGAAGGUCCGUUCGCUGGCAUGGAUAGCCUCUUCGUGAACAAGGAUGGCUUCGUCGAGGAUGACGAGGGUUCCAUUGUUGGUCAGCUUGUUGAGGGUGACCCCAAGAAGCUCCGUGGUCGCGCCGUUGACGAGGAUGGCGAGAUCACCGACAAGUACGGCAACGUGAAGGGCCGAGCUGAGCCCUACGAGGCUCCGCAGGAAGAGGCUCCCGCCGAGACCGACCUUUCCGUUCUUGAAGGCAAGGUUGUUAACAAGUCCGGAAAGGUCGUUGACCCGGCUACUGGCGCUGUCUUCGGUCGCGUUGUCGAGGGUGGCAAAGGCCUUGCUGGUCGCAAAGUUGAUGGCAAGGGCCAGAUCUGGGGUGACAAUGGUCAAGUCAUCGGCCGUGCUGAGCUCAUCCCCGGCGCUGAGGAGGAGAAGGCUGAGGGUCCCUUCUACGGCUUUGACAACGCUGUUGUCGGCAAGGAUGGUAACGUCGUGUCCGGCGAACAGAUCAUUGGUCGUCUGAUUGAAGGCGAUGCUAAGCGUCUUGUUGGUCGUCCGGUUGAUGAGGAUGGUGACAUCUCUGACAAGAAUGGUAACACCAUUGGCAAGGCCGAGCGCUGGGAGCCCGAGGAGAAGAAGCGUGAUGUCAACCCCAUGUCUGGCCGCAAGGUCAAUAAGCAGGGUGAGGUUUACGAUGCUGAUGGCGAGCUCAUUGGUAAACUGACCGAUGGCAACCUCGCUACUCUCAUCGGUAAGACCAUUGAUGACAACGGCUAUGUUGUUGACAACGAUGGUAACCGCAUUGGCGAGUGCACUCUUCUCGAGCACAUCCCCGAGCCCGAGCCCGAGGCCGAGGAGCCUGAAGAAGAGGAGGGUCCUACUCCUGAGGAGCAGCAGGCCGCCGCUAAGGCUGAACAGGACCGUCAGCUGGCUGAGCGUAUGGGCCACAUCCUGCGCCAGACCCUGGAGCAGGUCAAGCCUGUUUGCAAAAUGAUCCAAGAGAAACUCGCGGCUGCAGAGCGCAAGCCCAAGGAGGAGCUUGAUGAGGAGAAACUCGUCAAGGAUGUCAAGCCCCUCCUCGAGGAGGCAGGCCGUAUGCUCCAGGAGUGUAAUGGCUCGAUCCGUGCCCUUGAUCCCGAUGGACGCAUCGCCGCCACCGCUAAGGCGCGCGCCCAAACUCGCGAUGCUACCCCCGAGGAGUAUCAGCUCGCUGAAAUGCUGAAAGAGUUGACCGAGACUGUUGUCAAGACCAUUGACAACGGCAAGAAAGCCAUCGCCGACAUGCCCCAUGCCAAGAAGAAGUUGAACCCUCUCUUCGCUCUCCUCUCCGAGCCCUUGUUCCAGAUUAUUGCUGCUGUUGGCUUGCUCCUCAGCGGUGUUCUUGGUCUGGUUGGUCGUCUCCUUGAUGGUCUUGGUCUUGGUGGUUUGUUGAAGGGUAUCCUUGGCGGCCUUGGUCUUGACAAGUUGAUCGAUGGCCUUGGUCUUGGUAGCUUGACUGGUGCUCUUGGACUUGGUGGAAAAUAA